UGGUGCAAUCGUGUCCUUUUUACAAAAGAUUAGGUAAUGGCGGCAUAAAGAGGAUAUUGGGGGCGGUCUCUGAAACACCCUGGACUUGUUUAACUUGGACAUCCCUGGCUUUGUAUUAGCGAUUGAAGCUGUGCUCAAUACGUUUUUUUAACGAGCCGCACCUUAAGGUGUCUUUCCCCCACAGUCUCUGGUGAUCUGAGCUGCAGCUCAAACGGAGAACGACUCGUGGAGCAUCUCUGCAGAUUAUCGUCUCAGCUGAUUCUGUUUACGCAAGCGAAAUUAAAUUUACGGCCCAUUUUUACUUUCAUUUUUGAUAUAGUGGCCAGCCAGAGCUCGACAGUGACUUCCUGUGUGGUCGUGACACUGAUCACACAUCUGUUGCGCCAAGGCAUACUCGUCGUUUUUAAGACAAGACAAUUACUGCAGUAUGAGUACCAAGCGAGGCUGAACGCCACGUUUAUAACACACUGUUGCGGUAAUAUUAUGCGGAUUUGCUGGCACAGUGCGUCUUGUUAAAAGGGCUUUAGAAUAAAGCCACCUCUCGUGUACAAGAGAGCUGCAGCUGGAGGAACGGCGGCUCUUCUUCGAGGACUUCCCUGAUAUUGGAGCUUCUCAGCCUAUAGCAGCCUGGGUGUGGGAUGGGUGGGCAUGGCCCGCUCCAGCUUGUUUUGAAACAGCUCAUUGUGGAAGAUACUGAAAUUUUCAAUAAUAAAACUAUUGAAAUUGUUUCACGUGAGGGAUUUUGUGCCAAGAACUCCGUAAAUAAGUUUUGUAUUGACCAAUGAACUGUUACAACUUUAGAUACAAGUCAUCUUGAAAUGUGUGACGCACAGCUUCGAGCACACGUGUUUUCAGAGCACUGGCGUGUUGCAUAAACUGUUAUUACAAGAAAAAGCUCAUGUUAAAGUUCACUGGACCUUUGCCACACAGAAUCUCAGGCAUGUAGUUCAAACGUGUUUAAAAGUGUCCCAGCUGCUGAUAACUGAUGUGUGUGUGUGUGCGCAUGCACAUGCGUGUUACCAGUGAGUGUUUGAUUACAGAGUUAUAAAAGGAACCAGGCUGCAGACAUCUUUGUGUUGAUGAAGUACCAGAUUGUGGAGAAGAGAAUCUUCUUUUUUGGAUCAGUAUGUCUCUUAGAGAUCCUCCGUAUGAACCUCCCUCUGUCUCAGACCUGCAGGACUUCCUGCUUGCAAACAGACAACCAACUGGACAUGUAAAUCAAGUCUGGCCAAACCUGUUCAUUGGCAACGAGGUGGCGGCUCGUGAUAAGGGCAUUCUCCACAGUUUGGGCAUUACUCACAUUGUAAAUGCCGCUCAUGGGCCCCUCAACCCCGGCCCUGGAGCCCGUUUUUACGUCAACACGGGCCCUCGUUUCUACAGAGACAUGUCUGUGGAUUAUUAUGGGGUGGAGGCUGAUGAUGCAAUAGAUUUCAUCCUAAGUCCUUUCUUCUAUCCAACAGCACGGUACAUCAGAGCAGCUCUGGGCAUGGGAGGGCGGGUGUUUGUGCACUGUCUGAUGGGUGUGAGCCGCUCUGCCACCUUAGUGCUGGCCUUCCUGAUGAUCGUCGAGUGUUUGAGGCUGCAGGAGGCGGCGGCUGUCGUCAGGCACAGAGACAUCUGUCCCAACCCGGGCUUCUUGCAACAGCUCCGUAGUCUCGACAUGAGCCUCGAGAAGGAGAGGAGAAGAAAGAGACUGGCCCAGUCACUGUAACAGACACAAGACUUUUGUGUGAACCCAAACAUGCACCAGCACACACAAGUGUCUGGACUGCUACAGUGGAAAUGAGGACACGCCAUCUCUGACAGAGCUGAGGGAAAUUCUCUGGAUGAACAGGAAGCUUCUUGCACCUGUUAAUCAAGUCUGGCCCAAUCUCUACAUUGGAGAUGAGUGAGCGAGUAAAGCAGUGGCACCACGAAGUGCGAUGACGCGUGUGUAGUAAAAACCAUUGUGGUUGUGUGUUAAGGUCUGUUGCACGAGAUAAAGCAACCCUGUCAUUUCUGGGUGUAACUCACAUACUGAACGCUGCAGCAGGUCAACACCGGUCAGCGCUUUUACGCCCACAUCAAAGUGGCGUGGAGGCCAUCAUCACUGUGCGUCUGAGCCGAGACAUUGGACCAAACUCUGGAUUUCUGGAGCAGCUCAGACAGCUGGAUCGGAGCCUUCAUCAACAGAGCAAACCGAACAUCAGCAUAGUGGUUAAAUGAUGGUUAAAACAGAGCUCUUAUCUGCUGGAUGGAGCGUGACAUCUAUUUUAGCCUUGUUAUUUUAUUUUACUGACAUUUUACUACCUGAUUACGUGAGCUGGCUUUAAUGAGCACACAGUCAAUUUCAUUGUACGGCUGUGCAAUGACAAAAAUGAUCUUGAAUCUUGAGAAGCAGAUCACCAGUUUCUACAAUAAACAACUGAAUC